AUGCCACUGUCGCUGGAGUCCAAUGUCCCUUAUCUGACAGGAGGAAUGGCGUUCUGGAGUGAUGAGGGGAAGAUCACAGGGCACGAGCAGGUCGUGACAUCUCUCAAGGCGCUCUUCGACCGCUGGCUGAUCCGGUCUGCGCACUCGUCCGGCAAGGCCGGGCAACACAUACAGCAGGACCUCCACGCUUGGAACUCGGAAGAACGGAUCCCUUCACCGCAAAUUCAGACAAAGAAGGACGGAAGAACAGCUUUCUCCGCCAACGGAAACGCUCCCCUUCCCUCCCUGGCCAACGAAUCCGACGACAACAUGCCUCAAGCUCUCACGGCUUGCUCGGAGUCUCGAUACCGAUGCGGAGAGGCAUUCCCAGACGGCCGAACGACACCGCCGUCCGCACAGGGCACGCCCAGACCGCCGCCGAUACUUCAUCGUGCCACAGCACCACGACGCGUGAUGCAACCCGCUCAAAAAUUGUAUGGGGCGUAUCGAAAGCGUCGUGCCCUUCUCCUCAGAGACCCAUUUGCCGCUGCGGCCACGUUUCGAUCUUUUCGUGUUGCGGGUACCAGCCGGGGUCAACUGGUCCAAAGACAUUUCGACCAGUUGACCCCGCACAUCGACGACAGCCAACUUCGCCCAACGGCCCUGCCACUCAUUCGAUACUGUCGAGGGCAUCGUCUGGAUGUCGGAACAAUGGUUGAAUUGUCGCGGGACCUCCGUCUCGUUGGUGUGGCGCCCCGAACAGCAGCGGGGGAGGGCCUCCGGCGUGUCCGACGCGCUGGCACCGCCUCCUGUGAUCAGGAUGAUUGCGGAGCAAUGCCACACGAUGGGUGCAGCGUUGCGGAAGAUGGAUAUGUUGAUUGGAAGAGGCAGGGGGCGCGUGGCGUGGGAAAGAAAGCCGACAGACACCAGCAAAUGCGGGCAGCUGCGGACAGGCAGGCAGCAGGGCAGACGGGCAGGACGAGAGACAGCUUGAUGAUUGAUUCAUCGCGCAGCAGGCAGCGAGAGGGAACUCGGAUUGAUCGUGUACCCUGGCAGGCUCUCAGGCAGGGAACGCGAGCGGGUGGGGGAGUGGGUGGUCGAUGUCUCUCCUGCCCUGCAGAUUCCCGGAGGCGUCAACACCCGAUGCCUGGACGAGGAACGAGACCGACAGCUGCUUCCAAGGGCUCUUGGAUGAGCAAGGAAGGAGACCGACGACUGUUCCGCAUCAAAUGGACGGGCAGGGAAUGA